GCAUUCACAUAGCACACAGUCAUGCAUGGUUUCAUUUCAAUGCCUUGGCGGCCUGAAGAGACAGGGCUUUAAGAUGCGGACGUUCUUUGUUUUAGAGGAUGUUAUACUUGGCGAUAUGCAACGAAUUGUCCCUUUGGGCUGUCUUUUGGGGGUUGACAGUGCGGUCCUAGACUUGUUACCCAGAUUUCCAGCGUUUCUGUUCCUUGUUCCUUACACUGCACCUUGAGCCACCUGCAGCGCACUUUUCCUAUUCGAGAAGCCCAUCUUGUACUAUCC